AUGCCGAGGGGAGAACACAGGCCGAGCAUCCUGUUAUCUCGGGAUGAAAACGAACAGGUGUUCAGUCUCAUUGGACCUAAAUGUCAGAGCCUGGCAACAGCUGUGGUGCAACUCUUCACAACAGAGGGUCCGGCUCAUUCGGAAUGGAAGAAAAAAGACACUGGUGUCCUCUGCCUCAUCAAAGACAACAGCAGGCGAUCUUACUUCUUCCGUAUUUACUGCCUCUACAGAAAGUCUUUGAUUUGGGAACAUGAAGUCUAUCUUCAGAUUGAGUACAAAAGUCCGAGGCCCUACUUACACACCUUUGAAGCUGAGGAUUACAUGACGGCAUUUAACUUCGCUAACGAAGAUGAAGCUAAAGUACUUAAGGACACACUCAUUGAAAAGAUCGAACUACGGAAGCAGAGACGGGAAGAGCGACGGCAAAGGUCGAUGCUGGCGCAAAGAGCUAACAGUUCAGCAUCCCAGAAUUCCGUGCGACAAAACGGAGUGGCGCCGCCUCCAAUACCUACUCAGACUCUGCCAACCCCACAACCAACCAAGGCUGUCAACUUAUCUGGUGGGUACACAUUGAAAGGCAAAAAACCGAAGACACGUAAGCUUACAAAAGCUGACAUUGGUUUCCCUGAGAACUUCCAACACAUAUCACAUGUAGGAUGGGAUGCUGACAAAGGUUUCGACGUCGACAACCUGCCAGAGAAGGAGAUGCGAUCGUUCUUGUCGAAGGCGGGCAUCUCGGAGAAGCAACUACAGGACCGAGAUACGCGGCAGUUCAUCUACAACUUUAUCAACACUCAUGGGGGGCUCGACGCCGUCAAGGACGACUUGCACGAGACGCCAAGGCCAGACAAAAACGCGUCCGGGUCCGGUGCGCCGGCCGCGCCGCCUGCGCCCCCCGCCCCGCCCGCGCCCCCCGCGCCUCCCGCACCCCCCGCGCCCCCGGUGCCCUCACGGACGCCUGCGCACUUGCAUCCCCCUGCACCGCCGUCUCGCGCCCCGCCCCCACCACCAUCGCGCGCGGUCCCACCUCCGCCGCCAUCUUCGCUCUCCGCGCCCAGAAACCCACCACCGCGGCCACCACAACCGCUGCCUAGCGGGCCGCCGGGCGUGCCGCCGCCGCCGCCGCCGGGUGCGCCGCCGCCGCCGCCCGCGCCCGCCGCGCCGCCCGCGCCGCCCCCGCCGCCGCCGCCCGCCGCCCCGCCGCAAGACUCGCGGGCCGCGCUCAUGGAGAGCAUCCGCAGCGGCAACAAGAACCUCAAGCACGUGGAAGUGGGCUCCAAGACAUCGCUGAACGAAGACAACAGAAGCAAUCUACUGAGCGAAAUCAGACAAGGAGUCGAGCUAAGAUCGGUGUCACGUUCGACGAGCAGUUCGGGCGAGCGCGGUCGCGCAGAGGCGCCCGCGUGCGGGCUGGCCGGCGCGCUGGCCCGCGCGCUGCAGGAGCGCAACCGCGCCAUACACUCCUCCGACUCCGAGGACAGCGACGCCACCAGCGACGGCGAGUGGGACGAGUGA